AUGGAAAAAGAAUCAUGUCAUGGCAAAGGAAAUGAGUUGGGAUCAACGAGGUGGCCGACCACACGUGACCCGCUGACCGUUACCGUGGAAACUCUCCACGAGUCCCGGGCUUCCGGCGAGUCUAGUCCUUACGAGCACGGCCUGCCUGCUCCCUACCCGCUCAACGUCGACUCCGCCAUAUCCGUCCACAUCCACCGCCUGCUGAACCCGCCAGUUCCCCGGGUUAGACCGGGCCACUCAUCAAACACCCAUUUUCAGCCCGCCACCAAGACCGGUCUGUUUGUUGGACCCGACUCCUCGGGUCUGGGCCUGCGUUGUCUCGGCCUCCCAGACUAUUAA